UCUUGUCUAGCAGAUUAGCAUAGUCAUAACAAAGAUGGCAGCGGGCGUUAUGGUUGAUUCGAGCAGGGAAAAGGUUUUGCAAGAUUAUCGGAGAAAACUUUUGGAACACAAAGAAAUAGAAAGUAGGCUGAAAGAAGUUCGAGAACAGCUAAGAGACUUGAAUAAACAAUAUGAAAAAUCUGAAAAUGAUCUAAAGGCAUUACAAAGUGUAGGACAGAUUGUGGGAGAAGUUUUAAAGCAGUUGACUGAAGAAAAAUUCAUUGUAAAGGCAACCAAUGGCCCUCGAUAUGUAGUAGGAUGUCGUCGUCAGUUGGACAAGACUCGAUUGAAAUCAGGAACAAGAGUUGCUUUGGAUAUGACAACUCUUACAAUUAUGAGAUAUCUUCCUCGAGAAGUAGACCCAUUAGUGUAUAACAUGUCACAUGAAGAUCCAGGUGAUGUAUCUUAUUCUACUAUUGGUGGAUUGGGAGAACAGAUUAGAGAACUGAGGGAGGUGAUUGAGCUACCAUUAUUGAAUCCAGAGCUUUUCCAGAGAGUAGGUAUUACUCCACCUAAAGGUUGUCUUUUAUUUGGACCUCCAGGAACAGGAAAGACACUUUUAGCUAGAGCUGUGGCAAGUCAGAUUGAUGCUAAUUUUCUUAAGGUUGUUUCUAGUGCUAUUGUGGACAAAUACAUAGGAGAGAGUGCUCGCUUGAUUCGAGAAAUGUUCAACUAUGCUCGAGAUCAUCAACCAUGUGUCAUAUUUAUGGAUGAAAUUGAUGCCAUUGGUGGAAGACGUUUUUCAGAAGGCACAUCAGCAGACAGAGAGAUCCAGAGGACGUUAAUGGAAUUGUUGAAUCAGAUGGAUGGUUUUGACUCUUUGGGGAAGGUGAAGAUUAUAAUGGCCACAAAUAGACCAGAUACUCUUGACCCUGCUUUGUUGCGACCUGGUCGUCUUGAUAGGAAAAUUGAAAUUCCUCUUCCAAAUGAGCAAGCUCGAUUGGAGAUCCUUAAAAUUCAUGCUCAACCAAUUACAAAACACGGAGAUAUAGACUGGGAGUCUGUUGUAAAACUGUCAGAUGGUUUUAAUGGUGCGGACUUGAGAAAUGUUUGUACUGAGGCAGGUAUGUUUGCUAUACGAGCUGAUCGUGAGUAUGUAGUUGAAGAGGACUUCAUGAAAGCUGUACGUAAAGUGUCCGAUAACAAAAAAUUAGAAUCCAAGUUAGACUACAAACCAGUGUAAUCAUCAUCCUAAUUUAGUGCACAGAUUUUAUUUUUCAACUGUUUUUGAGCUCUUGAAUAAAAUAAUCAUGCUAAGAGAGAAUGUGGCUUCCAUUUGUGUCCAGUUAGACAAAAACUCAAAAUAUUAACUGUUGAAUUUUGUAACAAAGAAACAAGUACUCAUAAAAUGUAUAAAGUGUGAUAUAAACAUAAA